AUGGCUGUAGCUGAAUUGAUAAAGAAAUUUGAAGAGAUUUCUAAAGAUGUCGAAGCAACUCAAGAAAAUUUGGAAAAGGUAGUAUGCGAUGAGCAAACAGAUGAAAUUAGUGAAAAUACUGAAAAUUCCAACAGUAAUGAAGAAAUUAACACAUUUAAUUGUGAUGUUGAUGAAGUUCCAACCAAUAACAUUAGUGAAGAUUUAGGUGCUGAUUUGAAGGGUGCUGAAGUAGUUGAAAAUGAUAACAAACUUACAACGGAGGAACAAAAUGCUAUGGCACAGGACAUAAAAGAAGAAAUUCUUAACGCUGUAGCUCAUGAUUCAUCUAAUGUUGCUGACAAAUUUGAAAAUGAAAAUGAAAUAGUAACCAAUGAGAAUAAUUCCCGUAUAGGGAGAGAUGAGCCAUUUGAGUUUGGUAAACGUCAAUUAACUGAAUCAUCUGAUGUUUGGGAUCACAAUGCUUGGGAUAAUGUUGAAUGGGGUGAAGACCAAGUAAAAGAAGCACAAGCUAAAAUUGAACUUCAAUACGAAAAUCCUGUGUCUGAUUUUGACAAAGCUUUAUUUAAUAAAAACCCUGCAAGAUACUGGGAUAUAUUUUAUAAAAAUAAUAAAGAGAAUUUCUUUAAAGAUAGAAAGUGGUUACAGAUCGAAUUUCCAAGUUUGUACGCUGCAACUAAAAAAGAUGCAGGUCCAGUCACUAUAUUUGAAAUCGGUUGCGGUGCUGGCAAUACCUUUUUCCCAAUUUUAACUGAAAAUGAGAAUGAGCAUUUGCGGAUUAUUGCUGCUGAUUUUGCUCCAAAAGCUGUUGAAUUAGUAAAAUCUUCGGAACAAUUCAAUCCAAAGUAUGGCCACGCUGCAGUUUGGGAUUUAGCUAAUUCUGACGGCGCUCUUCCUGAUGGUGUUGAAGAACAUUCUGUCGAUAUUGCUGUCAUGAUUUUUGUUUUUAGUGCAUUAGCACCAAAUCAAUGGCAACAGGCAUUGGAUAAUUUAAAGAAAGUAUUAAAACCAGGUGGCAAAAUUCUUUUUAGAGAUUAUGGUAGAUACGAUCUUGCGCAAGUAAGGUUUAAGAAGAAUAGACUUCUUGAUGAUAAUUUUUAUGUAAGAGGUGAUGGUACUAGAGUAUAUUUCUUCACAGAAGAAGAGUUAAGGGAGAUUUUCACAAAGAAAUACUUUAUUGAAAAUAAGAUCGGAACUGAUCGAAGAUUGUUAGUCAAUAGAAAAAGACAAUUGAAAAUGUAUCGUUGCUGGUUGCAAGCUGUCUUUGAAGUUCCAGAAUAA